AUGCAACGUAGGCACGAAUACCUAGGCCCGGAUCCUCGGGUUGCUGGAUACCACUUGGACGUCGACGUGGAGGUACACAUCAAGUGGUGGAACGGACUUCUGCAGGACCAGGGGAUGGACAGGCAGAAAUGGCGAUUCGAGGUGAAAGUGGAUGAUGAAGGGAAUUGGUUGGAGAUGAAUGAUUGA